GGAGGCUCUACCUGCUCGGCUGGUCCGGAUCUCCAGUCUCCAAGUGUGUCUUGAAGCAUUAUUCAGCUAGAGGUUACCUUUAAAGCUAUUCAAAGUCAAGAUGAAUACAGACUUAAAAGAGGUUUUAUCCCCGGAUGUUCAUGCUCCUGAGGUAUGGGAAGAGCAUCUGACUGUGAAAGUGGAGGCAGAAAAUCACCUUAAAAAACAGGAAUACAGACUAAAGUGCAGUAAUCCACUGGCAAGGGAAAUCUUCCGAAGGCACUUUCGGCAGCUCUGCUACCAGGAGACCCCUGGACCAAGAGAAGCUCUUACGCAGCUCCAGGAUCUUUGCUACCAGUGGUUGAGACCACAUGUGAGCACAAAGGAGCAGAUUUUGGAUCUGUUGGUGCUGGAGCAGUUCCUGUUCAUCCUACCCAACGAGCUCCAAGGCUGGGUGAAAGAACAUCGUCCAGAGAGUGGGGAAGAAGCUGUGAUUUUGCUGGAGGAUCUGGAGAGAGAGCUUGAUGAACCACAACAUGAGAUGGUAGCUCGCAUACACAGACAAGAAAUCCUUUCUAAAGAGAUAGUGUCUUUAAGAGAGCAGACAUCAUUGAGCCUUCAGUCACAGCAUAAGGAACCUCAGUUCAAAGGUGACCCUGCUCAGGAAGUUCAUCCUAUUGGAGAGACAGACAAAUUUCUGUUUUCCAAAUUUCUGUUUCCAAAUUUUCUGUUUAUCCCCCAGCUAAAAGGAAAACCAUGGCCUAAUGACAGAGGAGUCCUAAGAGAUGAAAUGAUCAAGACUGAGGACAGAGGGUUGUUGCUAAAGAAAGACUGUCCUAAGAAGGUAGAACCACAUGGGAAAAUGUUUCAUGAACAGACCUGGGAGAUAUCACACCAGGAUCCCCAACGUGAACCUGGUGAACAUAAAGGUCUGAUAGAGAGGCAGUGGGGAAACCCCUUAAGAGAGAGGCACCACAGAUGUGGUGAAUGUGGGAAGGUUUUUGCUCAUAGCUCAGGUCUUAUUCAGCAUCAAAGGAUUCACACAGGAGAAAGACCUUAUGAAUGUAAUGACUGUGGGAAAACCUUCAGUCGGAGUUGUGGUCUUUUUAAUCACCGAAGAAUCCACAAUAUACAGAAACAGUACCACUGUAAGGACUGUGGAAAGGCCUUCAGUCAGAGUGCAGGUCUUAUCCAGCAUCAGAGAAUCCACAAGGGAGAAAAACCCUAUCAAUGCAGCCAGUGCAGUAAGAGCUACAGUCGGAGUUCAUUUCUCAUCGAGCAUCAGAGAAGCCACACAGGGGAACGACCUCACCAGCGCACUGAAUGUGGGAAAAGCUUUAAUCACCACUGCAACUUCAUCUGCCAUCAAAAGAUCCACACAAUGACUCAGCUGGUCUAGUCCUUGCUAUGACCAAGUUUUAUCACUGGCUGAGUCAUAUGGGGUAGGGUAAAGCCAGAAAAUACCUCUCUCUGAACUAUGUGUUUGAAAUAAUUACUGACUAUGGUCUAAUGUAGGAUAGAGUAUAGGGUUAAAAGAGUUAGGUGCUAGGGACAGAGUGGUCUGGGCAAAAUCCAAGAAUCACUGCUGGCCAUGAAUAUCAAAAACAGUACUCACUAGGCACAGCACACUCUCUCAGCUCCAAGUCAUGUUAGCAGUGACAGAUUAAGGAAAGACAAAAGUGCCAUAAAUAGGAUAUGUUAGGAGUCAGUAGUGCAGUAAAAAGAAAAAUUUACUUUUUUUUUUUUUUUUUUUGCUGGGGCUGGGUAUGAACCUGCCACCUCCGGCAUAUGAGACCGGCACCCUACUCCUUGAGCCACAGGCGCCACCCAAAAUUUACUUGUUUCUUUAACCUUUACUCUCUCUUUGAAACUUGUCACUGUACUGUAUUUUCUCAUACCUGAGAUUGCAAUAAAAGCCAGGGGGGAUGUUGGAGAGGGCCAUACCCCUGUUUCUUCUUGCAGAGUGCUUGCUGGCGUUGGCCUCCCUGGUUCCCUCAGUUCAAUGCAAAUUGACCGAGUAGGUGUUUUUCAUUUCCAUUGUGUUGCACCAACAAAUGGUGCCCUGUGUAAGGAAACAUGGAGGCCGCUCUAUGAAGCAUUUGUGAGGAAUCUGUGAAGAAGAUUUCAAAAACCAAUCAGGGCACCUGUAGUUCCAGCUAUACAGGAGGCUGAGGCAAGAGGAUCACUUGAGUCCAAGAGUUUGAGGUUGCUGUGAGCUGUGACACCUGGGCACUCUACCCAGGGAGAUGGAGUGAGACUCUGCCUCAUAAAAAGUAGAGAUUACACAGGCUACUGAUCCCAUCUCCCUAACCCCAGCAAGGGGAAGAGGACAUCUGCUCAUCCUAAAGUGAACAACAGGUGUCAAAGGACUAGCCUUGGAUGCCCGUGGUCAGAUCAAAGGGACAGACCUGUGGGAUAUCUUUCCAUUGCCACUUUGCUUUCACUUUCUUUUCCUCUUUCUGACUGGUUCAUGUGAAAAUGGGACAAUGUCUUUCUCAAGAACAAUGCAAUCAUAAGCUGCGGCUUUAGGGCCUUUUAUGGAUCACACCCUUGUUUCUCCUUGCCGGAGUGCUUGCUGGUGUUAGCCAUCUUGGGUCCCUCAGUUCAAUGCAAAUGGACUGAGUGGGUGUUAUUCAUUUGUGUUGUGUCACACUGACAGUCCAGGGACUUCUAAGAGGAGAGUUUGUGUUUUUUAAGCUGCUGCCUUCCCUUUUGUUCAUUUACCCCUUUCCUAUUCUUACUAGCCUGUCCCUCUUAUUUAUUCUCUUUGAGAUGGCUGCUAAACCCUUCUAAUAAUAUAAUAAAUAGUGCUGCUAGAGCCAACAUCCCUGAAAGAUCUAGUAUUUGUGUUUAAUUCCUAAAGAUAACAGCUCUACUGAUGUUUUUUUUUUUUUAAUUUAUUUAUUUUUUAUUGUUAAGUCAUAGCUGUGUAUACAUUAGUGCAAUCAAGGGGUACAAUCUGCGGGUUUCAUACAAUCUGAAAUAUUCUCAUCAAACUGUUCAACGUAGCCUUCAUGGCAUUUUCUUAGUUAAUGUAUGUAGGCAUUUGUAUUCUGCAUUUAUU